CUUUGCUCAAGUCAAGUUUAAAAUCAUUCAAAAUGAAUUCCAAAAUUUUAAUUUUUGGCGUUUUUUGUCUUUUUGGACAAAUUAUUGCCGAUGAAGACAAAUUUGACUACCGUGUGUUGUUAGAAAAAGUUUUCAACACAACUGAACGUAAUUUGGACAUAUUUCAAAAUGCGACGAUGGACAAUUUUUAUCGCCAACAAUCACAAAUGCUUCAACGAAGAUUCGAAAAAUUGGCUUACGAUGUUGGAUAUGCUAAAAAUCCUUAUGCCACUGCCCAUGUUUAUCAUUUCCGUAAAAAUUAUUCUUCAGUGACUUAUUUGGUUGACAAAAUGCUCGAGGAUUCCCGCCAAAGUAUCCUCAAUUCGUUCAAUUUCCAAAGACAUCAUUUGGCAGCAAAGAAACCAGAAGUCGAUGAGACCUCGAGAGAUGUUUAUUUCAUGUUGCUCAACAAAAACUGCAAUGAAUCCGUUUCGGAGACAUUUUUCACGGACUUCUUUUAUGGCAUCAGCAACAAAAUCAUUGAAGUAACUUCCGAAGCUCACAAAGCUUACAUGAGUCAAGUGAAACAUGAAUAUGCUGAGUUUAAACUUUUUGAUGCUUUCACGUCGCAAUUGAAUCUUUGCGCUACGGGAAAUGUUAAGCCAAUGUCUCAUACAACAAGUUGCAUGGUUCAGAAAGACGAUUUGUACUUGAGCUCUGCGAUUAACGUUGUUUCUGAGAAAAUGAAGUCCGUUGAGGAUGUCGUUGCAAACUUCAACUUCAAAACUACGGAUUAUAUCGUCAAUUACAUCGAUGAAGCUCUGAACAUGGCUUACAAAAAUGCUUCUUUGAUUAGAUGUCCAAAUGAUUCAAAUUGAUUUCAAUAAAUUUUUUUGAA